AUGAGUACUGUGACUAAUGAAUCAAAGAAAAAGGAAAGCAUUGAUAAAGCUUUAAUUCAAUAACAAAGAGAGUAACUAAAGUAAACAGUUUUAGAAAGAUUUAUAAAAGAUUUUGGAAAGAAUAACAAAAAUAAAAUAUAAGUAACUUACAUUUUAGAGAUUAGAUUAUAACCAAUAUUGUGAAUGAGUAUUUCUCAAAAACUAGAGUUACUGAUGUUACUUUAAAAAAUUUAAAAUAAUAAGUUUAAUAGGCAAUUCAAAAUGCAGGAUCAACAACCUAAUCUUAAGCAGAUUAAUCAAUUAAGGAAUCAUAAGGUAUAAAAUUUUAGUAUAUUAUAGUUACAUAAUAAUAAUAAUUGUAAUAGAUUCCACAAUAAAAGCCUCCAAGUAGUUAGUCUAGGAAAUCAAACUAAUAAAUUUAAUCACUUCCAUAAUAACGUCAAGAUGUUUAUUCUGAGACAUCUUCAAAAGUAUAAAGAUUUUAUUAAUAAGGCACCAAAAUCAGUUUACAUGAUGGAAGGUGAUGAAGAUGAUGAAUGGGCAACCUUAGUUAAAUUUGAUACUGAAUUAUAUAAAAAGGAAAAAGAACUUGAAGGAAUAAGAAAGUAAGAAUUUAAGAAGAAAAUCAAAUCAGAAUUGGAUAGAUAAAUAAAUGAAAAAUAAAAUAAAAAAUAAGAAGAAGUAUNAAAAGUUAAAACCCAUAAAAUCUCCUAAAGAUUAUUAUCCAAGCAUUCUUUAAGUUUAAAUGUAAAUUUAACCAAUAGAUUUAUCUGGUAAACAUUCUGAUUA